AUGUCUUCCUCAAAACAAGAAAGUCGCUUCCACGACGGUCCCGACCAGCAUCGACGCCUCUUCAAUGCUACACAAGGACAAGAUAGUAAUGCCCGUAUGCACCAGUCCGCUGCCAGUUCAAAUCAGAAGAAGUCACAAGAAAACAUGGGUCCUGCUCAACUGUUAGCGGAACAUAUGGAUGCAUCGGGAAAUCCUGUUCCUGAUACCACCAUGGACAAUAAGGGCAAGGACUAUGACGUUUUCCAAGCUAUGAACGCCGAGACUGAGGAUUUUGAUUAA